GUAGACGGUGUUACGUACAGUACACACUGAUCUGCUGUCAUUAAUGCCUUAAUAUACAUGACAUGAAAUAGAAAAUAAGAUAUUAGCAUUUCGCUUUGACUUUUCAUCCACUUUAACUUUGCCCUCCGAGUGCUGAUGUCAGCGAUGUAUUCCAACUGGAGAGGUCAAAGGUCAGCUGUUUGACCAUGAAAACUCAAAACAGUCAUUGAUUAUCAGAGAACAAUCAGAGUUGAAUCAGUCUAAAGUUCAUUGCCGUGACGGCAAACUGGGAGACACGGCAGAGGAGUGAGGUGAGGCGGAGAGGAGAACAGGUCCAGAGCAUUGUGGAUUAUAUCUGGUGGUAAACAACGAGGGACUAAAACAAUCUCAUCCAAGAAGAUGGACAUCCUUGAGACAGCUGCCUAUGACAGACGGCAAAGGAGAAACAUGUCCUGCGCCCUUCUCUUCUACCUCUUACCCUUCUUUCUGUCCGCAGCCCUGUAUUUCUACCUUCGGACUCCUGACUCCCCUUCUUCCAUCAUUGGUGCAGGUGUGAAGUCAGCACCAGCUCUACUCCUGGCUGCAGUGGUUGUCAGCUGGAAUGGAGGUCAGAGCCUGCUGGGAGUUGCAGGAGGGCUCAUCUUCUCAGCUGUUGGCGACGCAUGUUUGGUUUGGUCUGACCUUUUUAUACAUGGGAUGGGUGCCUUUGCCAUGGCUCACCUGAUGUAUUCUCUCACAUUCCUUUCAAGCCGAUAUUCAGAGAAAUCAACUCCCUCCUGGAAACUUUAUCUGUCUUUAAUUUUUUUCAUAGUGGGGGCAGCCUUCUAUAUGUACAUUUAUCCAUCCCUGAAGAAGGCACCAAACUCUGACCUCAUAGUUCCAGGUGUGGCUGUUUACACUUUUUUAAUUUCUCUUAUGGGAACAUUAGCAAUUCGGACAGGGCACACACCAACAGUGUUGGGGAGUCUGAGCUUCAUUGUGUCAGAUGUUGCCUUAUCACUGCAACUUUUUAAGGUGAUCCCAAACCUCGAGCAUGGGAACAGUAUUGUAAUGGUAACGUAUUAUCUGGCACAGCUACUAAUUGCUGUCGGUGAUGUAAAAGCAGAAGCAAACAAAAAUGAGUUUGCAAAAUGGAAGAGGUCCUAACUCAGUUCCUCUGCUGGAUGCCUGAGGUUUUAAUUUUGAAACUGCCUUUAAACUGAAGCAUAACCAGAGUGCUAUACUUUAAACGAGAUCGUUUUUUGGGUUUCAUAGUUUCUUUUUCACUCUCAAAACAUAAGAGACAUCUUUGUAGCUUUAAAGUUCUUUUGUUUGUUUAAAUAUGUUUUUUUAAUGCUUAAAAGUACUCAAUUACAUUUGAUUGUGAUGUUUGCCACUUUAAAAGGCUGAAGCAGAGCAUCAUUUAUGUGUAUUUUUUUAUUUCAUAAUCGAUGAGCAUACUGACAACCCAAAAGAUGUAUGUAUUUAAGAGUGACUGAAAGGUGUACCAAUGUACUCUGCUUUUUUCCCCCAAUUAAUAAAUAAAGUUUAAAAUAAAAAA